CACAAAAAUAAAAAUAUAUAUUCCAUAUAAAAAUCGCAAAUUAUUUAUGAUUUGGCUGUUGUUGUUGCUAAAACAAAAGGAAAAAGACCAGCAUUGAAAAGAUUUCUAAUUCGAAAAUAAACCAAACAAAUCGGCACCGCUAGCAACAAGAGCAAAAGAGAGAGAGAGAGAGAGAGAGAGCGUUGCAGCGGAAGAAGAGCAGGCAGGCGCCAAAACGGUAGCAGAAGCAGCACCACCGCCACAGAGUGGUAACAAGAGAGAGAUAGAGAAGCAGUCAGCAACGUCUUGAGCGCGUCAUCGAUACAUCUUUAAUUGUUUACACGAGUCGUUGUCGCUGCCGCCGCUGUUGGUGCGUGUGUAUAAUUUUUGCGGCAAAAAAGACACACCCUGAGAGGAAACGGGACCAACUGCUCCCGCCCUUGGGUGUGUGUGUCCCGUCCCAGGGUGCGUGCUUAUCGCUACAACAACAACGAUAACACGAACCAAAUAUUGACCGCUCCUUUAGCCGCCAGCCGCCAACCACCAACCCCCCUCCCGCCCGGCUAGCAGAAGCAUGCAAUGUCGUCUGGCCACGUAUCGGCGCUGAGAACGAGAGGAUCCAUUAGAUCCACUAGUUGAUAGCUGAGAACUGAGCGACAAAGAGCGAGAGCGAGAGCGAGCUCCUGCAACUCCAGAACUUAUCAGCAAACAACAAGCCGCGCAACGCAACGCGAUCGCAGGGCCUGGGUUAACUUCCGCUCGGAGGCAGACAGAAACAAAAAUAAAAACAAAGGAAUUACUAAUAUAUAUUCUCUGAUUCAUCAAGCAUAUAGUCAUCAGGCGUCAUCAAACGAACGAACGAUCGAACGAACGAACGAACAAAAAAAGAGAUAAAGAUAGAGAUAGAGAGACAGAGAGAAAGAGAGAGGGAGAGACUCUGGAAUAAAGAAAAGUACCACGAUACACCCCCGUCCGGUGCAAGCACAAGUCUACUUAAAGGAGAAGGAAGCACAAAACACUUACUUAAAGAACAGAACAAACACGCUGACAAGCAAUAAAGAGAAGAGCCACCGCCCACUUCACAUCCUCCAACAGGUCCAUCGAAAGGAGCGAGAAGCCUGCUGGCGAGUGAAACCAACGAGAGGAGAUAGCUAGAGGAUCCCAAGACACAUCCAAUACAAUCUACAACUUAUCUACCCAUCUACAAUCUAUACUCCGCAAUACCUAGACUCCCCUUCAGAAUGAACUCCACCACAAAACAUCUGCUGCACUGCACACUGCUCUUCACUGUGAUAUUAACCUUCGAAGUAUUCUCGGGCGGCAUCAAGAUCGACGAGAACUCAUUUACGCUGGUCGAUCCGUGGUCCGCGUAUGGAGAUGUGGCCACCGUUUUGCUGUACUUACUCCGCUUCCUGACCCUCCUCACGCUGCCCCAGGUGCUGUUCAAUUUCUGCGGCCUGGUCUUCUACAAUGCCUUCCCCGAGAAGGUUGUCCUCAAGGGCAGCCCCCUGCUGGCCCCCUUCAUCUGCAUCCGUGUGGUGACGCGCGGCGAUUUUCCCGAUCUGGUCAAAACGAACGUCCUGCGGAACAUGAACACCUGUCUGGACACCGGCCUGGAGAACUUCCUCAUCGAGGUGGUCACCGACAAGGCCGUACACUUGGCCCAGCAUCGGCGGAUCCGAGAGAUUGUGGUGCCCAAGGAGUAUAAAACACGCACGGGGGCCCUCUUCAAGUCGCGGGCCCUGCAGCACUGCCUGGAGGAUUCGGUGAAUGUGCUGAACGACAACGAUUGGAUCGUCCAUCUCGAUGAGGAGACACUGCUCACAGAGAACUCGGUGCGCGGCAUUAUCAACUUCGUGCUGGAUGGCAAGCAUCCAUUCGGCCAGGGCCUGAUCACCUAUGCCAAUGAGAAUGUUGUCAAUUGGCUGACAACGCUGGCGGACAGCUUUCGGGUGUCCGAUGACAUGGGCAAGUUACGGCUGCAGUUUAAGCUCUUCCACAAGCCCCUCUUCAGCUGGAAGGGCAGCUAUGUGGUCACCCAGGUCGGUGCCGAGCGAUCCGUCUCCUUUGACAACGGCAUCGAUGGCUCGGUGGCCGAGGACUGUUUCUUUGCCAUGCGCGCCUUCAGCCAGGGCUAUACGUUCAACUUCAUUGAGGGUGAAAUGUACGAGAAGUCGCCGUUCACGCUGCUUGAUUUCCUGCAGCAACGCAAGCGCUGGCUCCAGGGCAUCCUGCUGGUGGUCCACUCCAAGAUGAUACCCUUUCGGCACAAGCUGCUGCUGGGCAUCAGUGUUUACUCGUGGGUCACCAUGCCGCUCUCCACAUCGAACAUUAUCUUUGCCGGCCUCUAUCCGAUACCCUGUCCCAAUCUGGUGGACUUUGUGUGCGCCUUCAUUGCGGCCAUCAACAUCUAUAUGUAUGUGUUUGGGGUGAUCAAAUCCUUUUCGCUGUACCGCUUCGGACUGUUUCGGUUUCUGGCCUGUGUGCUAGGCGCCGUCUGUACGAUUCCCGUCAAUGUCGUUAUCGAGAAUGUGGCCGUCAUUUGGGGAUUGGUGGGCAAGAAGCACAAGUUCUAUGUCGUUCAGAAGGAUGUCCGUGCGCUGGAGACGGUUUAAGGGGCCGUGGCAAACCAAAUGAAACAAAGAUAUCGCACAAUGGCCAGGAUAUAUGCAUGCACACAUACACACUAUCUGAAUUCUGAUUUGUUUGUAAUUUCUAGGCCUAAGACUCACACACACAGACA